GCGUACGCUCCCGCCACUGCACUCCCAAGGACCGCCGCUCGCGAGCCGGGACGGACCCUCCCCACGAGUGCCUGCAGGAUCGGAACGUCAAUUAACGUCUGACGCUGCCAGCCUGCCUCUUCCCACCCACCCAUCUGGGCUCCAGAGUGGAACGGGUCUCAGGGUACACCAUGAUCUCACUAUUCUUAGUACUGGCCAUCGGCACCUGCCUUACCAACUCUUUUGUGCCAGAGAAAGAGAAAGACCCCAAUUAUUGGCGACAUCAAGCCCAGGAGACCUUAAAAAAUGCUCUGAAACUCCAGAAACUCAACACAAAUGUGGCCAAAAAUGUCAUCAUGUUCCUGGGAGAUGGGAUGGGCGUCUCCACAGUGACAGCUGCCCGCAUCCUUAAGGGCCAGCUACACCAUAACUCUGGGGAGGAAACACGGCUGGAGAUGGACAAGUUCCCCUUUGUGGCUCUCUCCAAGACAUACAACACCAACGCUCAGGUCCCCGACAGCGCGGGCACCGCCACUGCCUACCUGUGUGGUGUGAAGGCCAAUGAGGGCACUGUGGGAGUGAGCGCGGCCACUGAGCGUACGCGGUGCAACACCACUCAGGGGAACGAGGUCACCUCCAUCCUGCGCUGGGCCAAGGAUGCCGGGAAGUCUGUGGGCAUCGUGACCACCACGCGGGUAAACCACGCCACCCCCAGUGCAGCCUAUGCGCACUCAGCUGAUCGGGACUGGUACUCGGAUAACGAGAUGCCACCGGAGGCUCUGAGCCAGGGCUGCAAGGACAUCGCCUAUCAGCUGAUGCACAACAUCCGGGACAUCGAUGUGAUCAUGGGGGGCGGCCGGAAGUACAUGUACCCGAAGAACAGAACCGAUGUGGAGUAUGAACUAGAUGAAAAGGCCAGGGGCACAAGGCUGGACGGCCUGGACCUCAUCAGCAUUUGGAAGAGCUUCAAACCCAGACACAAGCACUCCCACUAUGUCUGGAACCGCACUGAGCUGCUGGCCCUCAACCCCUCCAUGGUGGACUACCUCUUAGGUCUCUUUGAACCCGGGGACAUGCAGUAUGAGUUGAACAGAAACAACCUGACUGACCCUUCGCUCUCUGAGAUGGUGGAGGUGGCCCUCAACAUCCUGAUGAAGAAUCCCAAAGGCUUCUUCCUGCUGGUGGAAGGAGGCAGGAUUGACCAUGGGCACCAUGAGGGCAAAGCUAAGCAGGCCUUGCAUGAGGCCGUGGAGAUGGACCAGGCCAUCGGAAAGGCAGGUGCUAUGACUUCCCAGAAAGACACUUUGACCGUGGUGACGGCCGAUCAUUCCCAUGUUUUCACUUUCGGUGGAUACACCCCCCGAGGCAACUCUAUCUUCGGCCUGGCUCCCAUGGUGAGUGACACGGACAAGAAGCCCUUCACAGCCAUCUUGUAUGGCAACGGGCCUGGCUACAAAGUGGUGGAUGGUGAACGAGAAAACGUCUCCAUGGUAGAUUAUGCUCAUAACAACUACCAGGCCCAGUCUGCUGUCCCCCUGCGCCACGAGACCCAUGGUGGGGAAGACGUGGCCGUCUUUGCCAAGGGCCCCAUGGCACACCUGCUUCACGGCGUCCACGAGCAGAACUACAUCCCCCACGUGAUGGCCUAUGCCGCCUGCAUUGGGGCCAACCUUGACCACUGUGCCUCAGCCAGCUCCUCGAGCAGCCCCGCUCUAGGGACCCUGCUGUUCCCAUUGGUGCUGCUCCCCCUGAGCACUCUGUUCUGAGGGCCCACGCCCCAGGAGCCCACCAUGGAUAGCCAGCUCCCCUCCCUAUGUGGCCCACCAUCUGGCAGCCCACACUCAAGGGAGAGGCCCAAGCAGCCUCCAGCGGGAACAGAAGUUUGCUGCCCAUCUUCCGUCUGGAACCCUCCAUGGGCUGGAAGAUCCCAGGCUCUGCCUUUACUCCCUACUCAGUACGCUUUGGCCAGCAGGGCAGGUCUCUCUCUUGGGCAGGCAGAACACAGACUGCACAAAUUCCCAAAGCACCUUAUUUUUCUACCGAAUAUAUUCUCCAGACCCUGCAACCUCCAUGGAACAUUCCAGAUCUGACCUUCCCUCCCCUCAUCCCUUCCUUCUGGAACACUGGGCCCCAUAGUCAUGGCCAGUCCCCAAGCCCAGCCCUUCCUGGAGGGGAGACCAGGUCUGCUCAGGAUGAGACUCCCAGGAAGCCACCUCCGGGGUUGGCUGUCUCCCCAGGGUGGCCACCGGACAGGACGCACACUCCCCACCCAGCUCCAGAGACAUACGCCAGCCCUUCACUGAAGCGGUCCUCCUGUUUGGAACAGCAAAAAAAGAAAAAAAAUUAAUUUCUCUUUUUGGUGUUGGUUUAAAGGGAACACAAGACAUUUAAAUAAAAACGUUCCAAAUA